AUGACCGACAAAGUAUCUCUGACCUUCCCUCUAGUCCUUCUUUCCCUCUCUUUCGCCUUUACGGCAUACCUGAAUCGCCAAGCCAUCAGCCACACCUUGAAGGCCGGCAGCAACUUCCUGUACCGCUGCAUCCAACCUUCUGAGAAGAAGGCUCGACGUAUGGUCCGCAGAAUCGUACAUCGCAUCCGCCGAUGUAUCGUCAGGCGACGCCAACUCGGCAAGGACACGGGAUACGAGCUGGUUGACAUGUCCGGCAACACUGUCGCCGUGUCGAUGUUGGACGACGCGGAGCUCGAGUAUCCAUCCGACUCAGAAUCCUGCAGCGAUGGUACUUACAGCACCAACAGCACCGACAGAACCUACUCGAGCUCGCACGGCCAUGAUACAGUACCCGACAGCGCCAGUAACGACUCGCGGGACGGCGAGAUCUCACCUCGGUACCCAUCACGGUCAACCCACAUGGCAUCCACGCGAAUUUCAAGCUCUGGCCUCAUCAACAUCUCACCUAAGAUCAUGCCUAUGGAGUGGGAGGUCGAGCAUGCGCGCCGUAUGCAGCAGGGCGGACCCAGCACAUGGCUGCACCGGGUGGUCGACUGGACGGUUGAGCGUUUGCAAGCCAACUUCGAAGCAGGUAACGAGAUCAGCGAGUUCGAUCGCGCGCCCUACAUCAACGUUCAUAACGGCAGCGGCGAGCAAGCAAGCUCCGAGCAUAUCGAGUGA